AUGAAUGAAAUUUAACCAGAUGUAUCAGUUCCUCAUCCUUCUUGUUCAGCUGAUAUUAGUAGUCUACAUUAAGUGAGUUUAGAAUAGGCAUUUGAACAUAGAUAAGCUAAUAAAGUAGGGAGACCAAAAUCUUAAGGAAGGAUUUGUCAUUGUUGUGGUUUGCGGAUUGUAUAAAUAUAUUGAUAAAGGAAAGAGAAAAUUUUAAUUUAGGAAUAGCUAGUGAUUAACUUGGAUUUUUAGGUAGUGGUUAUCCUUUAUAUUUUGAUUUCAUCAAGUCUUGUUUAACCAUUAUUGCAAUAUAAUAUAUAACAGUUGGUAAUUUUUAGUUAAUUACUCAUAUUUAAACUUUGUUUGAAUUGUCUGAGACUGAAGAAAGAUUACAAGAAAAAUAAGAUGUUUUAUGUUUAACUGCCUUAUAUUUUACUAUGAUCUAUUUAAUAUACUUUAGACAUAAUUAAAUUAAAUUAGAUAGUUUUUGCGACUUAAAAUAAACUACUCCAGGAGAUUAUACAGUUUUAUUUUAAGGAUUGCCUUUAGAUUUAUCAAGAGAAGAAUUAGAAUUCAAGAUUAAAGAAGAAUUUGAAAAUGUUGUUAAAGUUUGCUUUAUAUUCAAAUAAAUUAUUAAAUAAAAAAAAAACUAAAGAAUAUUUUUAGAUUAAUUAUAGGAUACUUAUUUUGAAUAAAAUUAUUUUUCAGGUAGUGCUCUUGUAUCAUUUAAAUAUAAAUAAGACAAACUUAAAUUUUUAAAAAGAGCCAAAUAAGAUAAAUUUAAAUAUUAUUUUAAACAAUUAUUACAUUUAGAUUUGAAUAAUGAUGGAUAUGUUAAUUUUUAAGGGAUUCGUUUAGCAGUAAGGUAAGCACCAGAACCUACAGAUAUAAAUUGGAAAAGUUUAAAUGAAUGGAUAGAGUUGUCAUAAUUUAAAAGAAUACUUGAAAUAUUUAUCAAUUUUAUAUUGUUGAUAUUUUUAUUAGUGGCAACUUGCACAACAGAAUAUAAGAAAAAUAAAAUGAUAUCAUUUAAAUCAUGUUUCACACCUUUAAUAACUAUCAUAUGUUAUUAUUUUUUUCCAGAAAUUACUAAAAGAAUAACAUUUCGAAAAUAUAUAUCCUGGACAGAAACAUAAAAAAGCUAAUCCUUUAAAUUGACAAUUUUUAUGUCUUUAUUUACAAUCUAUGUAGCUAAAUUCAUUGAUGGAGAAUUGUUUUGGUUAUUUGCUUGGUAUUUAAUUUAUGUAUAUUUAGUAAUUCAUUUCUUCCUCCUAUUUUUAUAUUGCUUAAAAUUUAAUAGUAAAUAAAAAAUUAUAAAAUAAAAUAUUAAACAUAACCUAUAAAUUAAGAUGAAUUAAAUAAACUUUAUGAACUUUAAUAACAUAAUUUAACAAGAAAUCAUGCUUACAUUAAUUAUACUAUGAUAAUCACAAAUAUAUAUGGAAAUCUUAUGCCUAUAAAUUCGAUUCUGUCAUUUAUAGGAUUGGGUUUAUAUUAUUGGGCUGAUAAAUAUGUUUUAUUGAAUCAUUCAACAGUUAAAUAUCAGCCUUCAUCAAAUUUAUCUCUUGAAAUGUUUACAUUAAUCUCAUAUACUCCAAUUAUUAUAUCAUGUUAACAUUUUAUGAAUUCAAAUGAGAACACUAUUUCUUUAAUAUAAUUGAUUAGUGCAUUUAUUUUUUAUUUAAUUCCUAAAGACUUAAUAAUUAAUAAAAUUUGGAAAACUAAAAGAAUCAAAGAAUUUUCUCCUUAUGAUGAAUCACAAUUUAAUUCUUGUUAUGAUAGAACUAAUCCUGCUUUAUAAGAUAAAGCAAUACAUAAUUGGGUAAAUUAAUAAAAGAAAGCCCAUUCUAAAUAAAGAAGAUUAAUAUAUUUAUUAGAUGAAGAAUAGAAGGCAAAACAUAAAAGAACUUUAGAAAAAUAAUUAACAAAAAUAUAGAAAUAGAUUGGUUAACUUGAAGCUUAAUUAGAACAAAAAUAAACUGCUAAAUUAAUAACAUAAUCAGAUUAAGUAUCUUAAAGUAUUAAUUAAGAUAUAUCAGAAGACUCUUGA